UGAGAAAAACCGAGCAGGAGAAGAUCUAGAAUGAAUUGCACACACAAUAUGGAUGAGGGCGACCAAAUCUCCAUACAUUCAAUAUGUCGCACUUGUUUGUCAACAUUACAACAUGUUGAAGCUUACGAUUUGUUUGUGAUUCCCGGUCUGGCUAAGAAGUUGUGUGUGUGCACUUCGCUCUCGGUGGAGCAACAGGAUGGUUUUCCAAGAAGCAUUUGUACAAAUUGCUACACCCGGCUAAACGAUUUACAUAAUUUUCAGAAACAAUGCGUGGAUUCUGUAGGAAAGUUAAGCGACAUGUUGGACAGCAAUCACUUCACUAUCCAGGCUAAGCAUGUUGACAAUAUUGAUGUAAUAAAUGUUGCCCUUCACGAUAAGGACAUUGAUGUACCACAAGAUAUAGACAUACCCGUCGAAGAUGAAGACCGCAUUAACUUUGAUCCGCUAUUGAAUUCCAAAAUAGAGAUUAUUGAUAAUGAGGACGAUGUUUUUAAAAUGAUAGAAGAUGUUGACAAAGACUCGAAAUGUUCUCAGCAGGACCAGAACUUUUCCAAUGAAAUCGAACUUAUUAGAGAUCAUAAUGAUGUGGCAAAUAAUACCGACUCUGACGAUGCAAUGCCUCUGUCACACUUACGAAGUGGUGCGCGGGUAUCACAAUCAAAGGCAAAGAGUAAGAGUAAGAGUAUUGCUGCAGUUGAUAAAAAUUCCUCUAAUACUGAAGUGGAUAUGGAUAACGUUAGCUUAUCCCAACGUAGAGUAAAUACCAAGCCUGUUCCUGCGGCUAAGCGUGACCUUCAUAUCGAUUGUCAUAUAUGUCAUCAAAAAUUCAAAAGCGAAAUGUGCUACCAGGAGCAUAUGAAGCAUCACAAUGAUCUCUUGCCUUUCCAAUGCACCGUGGAAACAUGCAGGAAGGGUUUUACAACGGCUGCAGGUCUUCGACAUCAUGUGGAUCAUGCUCACGUUGAACUUUGCGAACUGCACGCCUGCACUGUAGAAGGAUGUGACAAAUCUUUUCCUCGAACUCGAAUGCUUACUCAUCAUCUGAAAAAGGUUCACAAUAUAUGCAAACCUGAGAACCCCAUUCAUCCUUGCUCCGAUUGUGAUAAGGUCUUUCGUUGUCCAACCGCGCUUAAAAAACACAUGUAUAAGCAUAUUGGCGAGGAGCUGCCCAUUUCCUGUAACAUCUGCAGCAAACGAUUCCACAUAAACAGCGAACUCAGAGACCAUCUCCUACGACAUGCCGGCGUUAAAAAUCACGUUUGUCCGUACUGUGGUGUAGGUAAGACAACUCGUCAGGAAUGGAACAAGCAUAUAUUGACGCACACCAAGGAAAAACAAUUCCAAUGUCGUCAGUGCGAUCAUUCCUCCCAUAACAAACAAGCUCUAGCCAAUCAUGUUAAAGUGGUUCAUUUGAAGAUUAAGAACUUUGCCUGUCAGUACUGCGGAAAGACAUUUGGGAAAUUGCACGCAUGUAAGGUUCACGAGAGACUCCACACUGGCGAGAAUUGCUGCGAAUGCAAGAUCUGUGGAAAAAUAUUUCUUUUUGAGAAGAGAUUGACCAAACACCUGCAGAUUCAUGAAAAGCGUGAAGUCAAAGCACCGAAUGCAAAACCCCAAAACAAUGAGGCCGAUCUAAAUGAAGAAACUUUAAAUCAGGAGUCGACAGCACUGGAAGACGCGAAACCCUUGGCUGCAUCUGCCGCUAAACCGAAAAGUUCACAUAGAGUUGAGCUUGUGGAUAUGUCUCAGCUAGCGGGAACCUCAGUUAAUCCGAUUACAUCAGUGUCUGUACCAUCCUGGUCACCACAGCUAAACUUCACUAAAAAAGAGGGCCAGCACAUUUGUCCAGGAUGUGGGCGUGGCUUCAACCACAUAGGCAAUAUGAAACUCCACUAUAAGGUUGUCCAUGAUAAAAUUAAGGAUUUCGCCUGCCGCUUUUGUCCCAAACGCUUUGGAAAAGCCCAAUAUCUUCGUCAUCAUGAAUAUACGCAUACGGGUGAGAGACCGUACGGCUGUAAAUUAUGCGAUAAACAUUUUAGCCAUGGCUCAUCACUGCGAAAGCACAUGAUUUCGCACAACAGACCCCCAAAAGUACCUAAAGCUCCAAAGUCCACAGUACAGAAAAGAGAACAUCAAACGCCAAAAAUCGAGCUGAACAAGCGUCAACCAAAGAAUUUUGAGCAGUAUCAGGAUCCUGAGGCAGAGCGAGCUGCAGCUACUGCGGAAUUAUUUGCUCAGAAGAUCGAGGAGAGUGAAGCCAAACGAAGGGCUGAAGACAAAACUCGAAAGAUUCAAGAGGCUGCAUGCGAACAGUUGCAAAAGCUGCAACAGGAACAGCGGAUCGAAAAACUGUCCUAUGAUAGUUUUCAAGUGGAAAGUUCUAAAGCUAGUAUCAGCGUGGAUGCUCUUAAAGCAGAUCCCUUAUAAACCUUUUCGUUGUUCAAAUAUAUCAAUGUAAUAUUAGUUUUAUAAGUUUUGAAUAUUUCUAAGUUGUUUUACCCCAUU